ACCGACCAAAACUCACAGGUGUAAGUCCAUCACUUGAUUCUGGAGAAAACGUAUCAUUCUUUCCUAUUUCGCUUUUGAAAACGAUUCCCACCAAGUUUCCUGGCCCCGAAUCGACAUCCGCCCCUCCUUCCUGCCAAGCUUGAUUCCAAGGGGACGGCAAACCCUAAGCAACACACGUCGCGGCCGCAACUAUGUCGCCGUCCUGCGACGGAACCUCCAGUGACGGCGACUGCUGCUCGCGCCUCUCCUGCGAAAAUGACGGAUUUAACGACAAUAAGAUCGGCAAACCAGUUGAUUGCACCUGCAUGCAAUGCAAGAGAUCGGAUCCCUCCUUCUUGUCGUCUUCGAAUUGCUCGUCUUCUCCUUCUUCCUUUGAGUUCAAUUCCGAACCGUUCAGGGAUUCCGAGAAGCUGCGGAGGAUCAUUUUCGCUUCAGUGAAGGGAUUCUCAAUUGGAGCUGGCCUCAAAGGUGGCUUAGCUCUCUUCUCGAUUUUGGCUCGUUUAAGACGUGGUAGAUUAUCAACUUCCUCGAGGAAAGUUGAGCAAAUCUCGAACAGUGAAGCAAUUGCUUUGGCGAUCAAGGAGACGGUUAGAUAUGGCCUAUUUUUGGGAACUUUUGCUGGUACUUUUGCCUCCGUUGAUGAGAUUAUAGCUGCUUUGGCAGGUCACCGAAGAACUGCCAAAUGGAGGGCUUUAUUUGCGGGCUUGAUUGCGGGGCCUUCGAUGCUUCUCACGGGGCCGAACACACAGCACAGAAGCUUGGCCAUAUACAUAUUCAUGCGCGCCGCUGUGUUGGCGGCACGCUGUGGGAUCAAGAGCAAGCGGUUUGGGCGGGUUUGUAAGCCACUCACUUGGAAGCACGGUGACAUAUUCCUUAUGUGUCUCUCCUCCUCGCAGAUUUUGUCUGCUUACAUUUUGAAGCAAGAAAGUCUGCCACCAUCAUACAAGUCUUUCCUCAAUAAACAUGGUGGGAAAGAUGCCGCUAUUCUGCAGGGUGUAAAAGAAAUUGCAACAGGCAUGUCGUUCACUAAUUUGGGGGCAAUAGAGAAGUACUACAUGUCUACUGGCGUUAAUGUUAAACUGGAUCCACAAAUGAAAAUUCCGUGUUUGAUGGUACACGGGAAUCAAUCAUGUGGUGCUCAUGUUGUUUCUUUUCUUAUUCAAGCCUAUAAAAGAGCAUUACCAGUAUACCUUCCAGUAUAUUUAAUUCCUGCACUGAUAGUUCAUCGUCAAGACCUCCUAAAAAGGCCCUACACAAUUUUAGGGAAGGGUCUUCUUGGUACGGCGAGAUCAAGCUUAUUUCUAUCUGUAUAUUGCUCAUCGGCCUGGAUGUGGACAUGCCUGCUAUUCAGGAUUUUUAAGAGAUGUAAUAUACCAAUGGUGGCAAUGGGGACGUUUCCAACUGGCCUGGCUUUGGGUAUCGAAAAGAAAAGCAGGCGAAUUGAGAUAUCACUCUACUGCCUUGCACGGGCUAUAGAGAGCUUCUUUAUGUGCAUGGCCGAUAUUGGAUGUUUGCCACCAUCAACGAAAUUGAAGCGGGCCGAUGUGGUUAUUUUCAGCAUAUCAACGGCUAUCAUUAUGCACUGUUACGCACAGGAGAGGGAGGUAUUUCGAUCCAAGUACUUAAAUGUUCUUGACUGGGUGUUUGGUGUGCCUUCCCCAUGUGAAACACCUCGGUGCAGAAGUACUUAGCACGUGCAGAAGUAUUUUUGGGUCCAAUACACCGUUUCCAGGGUGGUCUGUCAUUCUUUCCUGAAUGACCAAAAAGAACGUGUAUGUUUUUGUACUUUGUAGUUUUAAGUCACAACCGAUAAAUUAAUUUUGAUGUCUAACCAAAAGAAAUAACAGUUAAUACAAGUUAAACCAGUGCCUUCCUUUUACGAUAAGGAUGCACUCCCAAAAUUAGUACUGAGGCUUUUACAGGUCUAAAGAAGUAUUUAAAUUUAUUAA